GUGAAGUUGGAGCUGAGGCUGCGGCUGAUGCCGGAGCUGAUGGGUGAAGGCAGGGCGAUGAAAUUCUCUGAUGUUUAUCGAUGUGAUGAGCUUUCACGGUGGUGAUCAGUAGAAGAUGGUGUCAAGGACUCAAGAUGAUGAAUUCUAUCUAAUUGCAAGCGUUGAUUAAGCUGAAUACAUUGUGAUUUCCAAUAAUUGAGACAGUGAUUCUAAAAGCUGUCUACUUUAAUGAAAAGAACAAUGUAGUCAGCUUAACUGAAUCAUCUGUAAAAUUUGCUUAGUACCAUAACUUUUGAGAAAAUCUACUUGGACUGGCAUAUGUUUAAUUUCUUAGUUGGGUAUUUGACAAAGAUAUAAUUUGUUUAGGACUCUUUAUAGCUUAGAAUUAAUAAGUUCGGAAAAAUGGAGACGUUUGGAAGUAUGCCACCUAUGCCCAAAGAGCCACUGAAUGUGGAGAAUCAGCCGUGUCCCCCACCUCUUCCUCCAAGUGCGCCGCCGCCUCCACCACCUCCCCUGCAAAUGUCCAGUGACGCAGAAGUUAUGGACGUUGGCUCUGGUGGUGAUGGACUUUCAGACACUCCCGCUGGGGACUGUAACACGUGCAGCCAAGACCAGCUUCUUACGAUGGAAUCCACUGCCUUUAACAGUCAAUUCACAACAGUAUCGGAAAACUGUCCACAGAAUCCAAGAACAGCACGUCAUGCACCGGCUGUUCCUAAGUUUGCCCCUGAUAUUAAGUUACUCAAAGAUGUAAAAAUUAGAGUUGUCUUUACAGAUAAUAGUAAAAGCAAGGACAGACAGGUAGUUUAUACUGGUGUUGAAUCUGGUGAGAAAAGUACCGAAUUUAUCAAUAGCAUAAAUGGAGAUUUGCAUGGCAUUCCUUUUGAUAGUAAUACAGUAGUGGGGUCAGGGGGUAUUUGUAGUAAAAAUACUAGUAAGCAAGAGAUUGAAGACAAUCAGGAGAAAAAAGUGGAAUUUGCAGUACUCGAUGAACUAGAAGACUUUACAGAAAACUUCGAAACUGAUGAUAUUGAGGGAACAGGUUUCAAAUCUGAAAUGAUCAUUCAACAGGAUCACAUCGAUGAAGAAGCUCUGAGUUACUCUUUUGAGGAUGAUUUUGAUAAUGAUGUUGAUGCACUACUGGAGGCAGUGCUACCUCCUCCCAGAAAGAGGAAACGGGUAGAAGAGGAGAAUACUGGUGACAGUGACCACCAGACUGAUGAAGAAACAAGUGUGCAGCCAAUGAUGACCAAAAUUAAAACUGUGUUAAAAAAUCGUGGCCGUCCACCAAGUGAACCCCUUCCUGAUGGCUGGAUCAUGACAUUCCAUAAUUCUGGUAUUCCAGUUUACCUGCACAGAGAAACCAGAGUGGUUACCUGGUCGCGACCUUAUUUCUUAGGAACCGGAAGUAUCAGGAAACAUGAUCCUCCACAGAGCAGCAUUCCCUGUCUACACUACAUGAAGAUGAGAGACCAAGAAGAAAGCGAGCAGAAUAAGCUGGCUAGUAAUGGAGAGAUAAUGAAAGUGACCACAAAUGGUGAAAUGUCCCCAGACAACUGUGAAAACACGCCUUUAGGAAUAAAUGAGAAACCAGACUGCACUGCCACUAAUCAAGACUCAAUUACUAAUUCAGUACCUCACAGUAGCUCGGGUACGAUGUGCUCUAAAUCCUUAGAUGAAAGAGACUCUUCUGGUGGAAUUGUUGCCGCAGGAGCCCUUGGACAGGUGAAGGCUAAAGUAGAAGUAUGCAAAGAAGAAUCUAUUUCUCUUGAGGAAUUUAAAAAAUACUUGGAAAAACGCUUUGAUUUUGAACAAGUCACUGUGAAGAAAUUUCGGACCUGGGCUGAACGCCGUCAGUUUAACCGGGAGAUGAAGCGGAAGCAGGCAGAAGCUGAGCGGCCAAUUUUGCCAGCCAAUCAAAAACUCAUUACUCUCUCUGUUCAGGAUGCACCCACAAAAAAAGAGUUUGUUAUUAAUCCAAAUGGGAAAUCGGAAGUCUGCAUACUGCACGAAUAUAUGCAAAGGGUCCUGAAAGUUCGCCCUGUUUACAAUUUCUUUGAAUGCGAAAAUCCAAGUGACCCUUUUGGAGCCUCGGUCGUUAUUGAUGGAGUAACCUAUGGUACAGGAACUGCCAGCAGCAAAAAACUUGCAAAGAAUAAAGCUGCCCGUGCUACACUGGAAAUCCUCAUUCCCGACUUUAUCAAACAGACCUCGGAUGAGAAGCCCAAAGACAGUGAUGAACUUGAGUACUUCAACCACAUCAGUAUUGAGGAUUCACGGGUAUAUGAAUUGACCAAUAAGGCUGGACUCUUGUCACCAUAUCAAAUUCUCCAUGAGUGCCUUAAGAGAAACCAUGGAAUGGGCGACACAAGCAUCAAGUUUGAGGUAAUUCCUGGUAAAAACCAGAAAAGUGAAUAUGUCAUGACCUGUGGCAAGCACACAGUGAGAGGCUGGUGCAAGAACAAACGAGUUGGCAAACAGCUAGCAUCUCAGAAAAUCCUACAACUACUACACCCUCAUGUCAAGAACUGGGGGUCACUACUACGCAUGUACGGCAGGGAAAGCAAUAAAAUGGUCAAACAGGUAAAUUGUGAGGAAAUGUCUGAUAAAAGUGUGAUUGAACUGCAGCAGUUUGCCAAAAAGAACAAACCGAAUCUACACAUUUUAAACAAGUUGCGAGAUGAAAUGAAGAAAUUAGCACGGGAUAGGGAGGAAACGAGGAAGAAGCCGAAGAUGACAAUAAUGGAAUCAGCACAGCCAGGCAGCGAACCCCUUUGUACUGUUGAUGUGUAAAGCACUGCAAAAUGGAGAGCAAUAACGCACUGGAGAAACUCAUCCUCAACCGUUUCUUUGUUACCUUCUUAUAAAGAACAUACUAUGUUGCAGAAUGCACAACCAUGUUUAAAGGUUCCUGUAACCCAGCUUGACAGUGUACUGCUUCAGUUAGACAUUACUGUUUUGCAUAACAACAGGACAACAUUUGUGAACCUGAGUUAUUGAACUACCCAUACCCCUCUCUUUUUCGGAAAAGGACUCGAGGCUAAAAAUAGAAUGCGAUUGCAUCAAAUGGUGGUGUUGCCCCGGAAAAGGACCUUUCAACAUGUGAACAUUUUAAUUUCAGUUCAAUUUUAAGGGAGAUAUAAAAGCCCAAUAAGUUCCCUGUAUCUUCCAGCUACAGAAUGUCAUUAAAUUGUCAUUCUGCACUGAUCUGUUGGUUAGCUAGACCCUAUGGGGUAAUCUUCUGGAAAAAAAUUAAACUUUACAUUAUUUACCUACAAGCUGGUGCCAGAGAAAAUGGCUUUCACUAGACAAACUUUAAGUUAUUUCUUUUAAUAUGAGACAUUCUUUUUGUAAACACAUUUUAAGCAGUUUAUCAAGGAAUUUUGACAGUAAGUUACAUGUUUUAAUGAAGUGACACUUAAACAUCAUUGAAGAAACACAGUGUUUUAUGUGGAGAUUGUAUGAAUUGGGGGUUUUAGGAACCAUGGAUUUAUAUUGAACAUUUUAGAGCUUGUAUUUUGAUUGAAUAGCCUUUAUUUAAAAAAAAUCUAAUCACUAGUGAAAGGCUCAAAAACUGGCAAAAAAAAUUGUGGUCUCCAAUCCAUGAACAUAAAAUGUUUUUUUUAAAUGCUUUUUGUAGUAUUUGUGUUGAGACUUCUAUUUUGUUAUAGGAGUCUGUUAAUAUGUAUAACUUUUAUAUGUAAAUGGGUCAAAGAACUGGAUCCUGUAUCAGUAAAUAUAAUGCAUGAUUGAGACUACACAAUCCUGUUGAACUUGUGGUGUUUGGGUUUGACUCUCCACUUCUGUCAUUUGGCACGAAUACAGAAUGUCUCUUUCUGUGACAGUCAUGUCACUGUGCCAAAUUGAUAGUCAGCUUUGGAUCAGAGUAUCAGAGCUGAAGUAGCAGCUAUGUGUUUUCUUCUGAUUCUGCUUUGCAGUUAUCUGUUAAGACCUGAACUUUCAAGUUUGGACAGUUAGCUCUCAAUCAGUAUUUUGUUUUGGUAGGAGCUGUUGUAGGCAUUUGUACAUUGUUGUUUAAUUAUAGUCUGCCCCACUGUUUUUAUUUGUAGAAGAAAUCAUUAAUGAUACAAACGAACAGGUUUGAUUUGUCUUACUGUUAGAAGUAGAAUUGAUAAAAAGAAUAUAAUGUUCCUCCACUUAUAGUUUAACUUAUUACCAGGCAUGCAGAUUUGGAGGUUUUGAUAUACAACCUUGAAUUAGUUCUCAUUGUCUUAUACUUUGUGUUGUAAAAUGACUUUCCUUUCAAUGACUUAAUUUUACCUCACUUAAACCCAGGAUAACAACCUGAAGGAAACAAAGUACCAUGAUUAGCUCCAGUGCACUCUUGGUAAUGUGAACCAAAGCUUAAUAAUAGUGUCUUAUGCAAACUGACAAACUAAUUUUUUAAUGCUUGCUGCAGGCUUCAACAGUGGCAUAGAAAGGGAGAAACAAUAUUUUAAAAAUUGCAAUAACUGCUGGAACAAAAACUUAUAUUUAAACUGCUGUGCACUGUCAUUUUGUGAAGUUUGUGUUUUAAAUGUUUACUAUUUUUCUCUGUUGAAUGCAACUUUUCUUGCCUUUGCACAUGAGCACAAGUGCUGCUGCGAGAGAGUCAGAUUGUGGUUUUGCGAAUUUGCAUUUGUGAUCAACUAAAGUGUGAUUUGAAAUGAAAACUAGUUGUCUUACCUUCAUCCUAAUUGAUUUGUACCUUUAACAUUGGUAUUUGUGUGUAUCGAUUGUAACUUCUCAGUACAUUAUAUUCAAUGUGGCUCUUAUUUUUAAAAAGUAAACCCAUCAACUAAUUUUGCUGCCUAGAAGGUAAUCAUGAAGUAAAGGAUUGUAAUUUGACUGCUUUUUUUUUCUCAAUCCAUAGAAGCAAAAAUUAUUGUGAUUAUGGGUUGUAUCUUGAUAGGGCAUAGUGCAUUGUUUCAUCUUUUUAAGCAUGCGUCUGUCUUAUUGGUGCAUCAUUGUGUAAAUGGUAUUAUAGGAAGAAAAACCAAUAAGUCUGAAAAGGUGUUAACUCUCAUUAAGUAACUACAUGAUAAAUCAGUUCCAGAAUUCACUAAAAUGUUUACUCUCUUAAAUGCAUGUCAAGUAUGUAAUAGAUUUCAUGUUCAAAAUGGGGAGAAAAACUUUUUAAAAUAAAUAAUUGAUUACAUGCAAUAGCGCCCUCUAACACUCCAAGAAAGUUGUUCACAUGUUACACGAUUUAUCAAAUUUGGAAACACAGUCAGAGGCAACUGUUUUCUUUUAAACUUGCAUUUGUUUUGUUCAAAUACUCGGACUUGACCUCACUUUAAAUGUAGCUGUCAACCAAUUGCAAUUACUACUGUUCUUGAUGUCUCAAAAAUUAUUCCAGAAAAGCUAAUGGUAUUUUGUAUGAUUUGAAGUGCUUUGGAUUUGACUUCUUACAAAUUUGCAUAAAGAAAAUUAAUUCCAGUGAUUAUUGAAGCAUACAUAGAAAUCUGAAUUCUCAUUAAAAUGAUUCUCAAGUUUGAUUUGUGUUUGGUUUACCUGAAGUCUGCUACCUUGUGUAUUUUGAGUUGAGAAAGAGCACUGCAGCUUCCCUGGCUUUACAAACUGAUUCACUCGUCUCAUCUCCGACCAAUUUUCUUCCAUCACUGAUUAUGGUCUUAGUCUGUGGUCUACUUAAAAUCAAAGUUCUGUCAUCUUUAUUAUUCAGUCAAGAAAUCUCCUGUGACUGGUGAAUGAAGUUUCUCGCAUUGAAAUACAAAUUUUGUUAAUGUAAGUUCUCAAAAGGUGGAAUGUUAACGGGUGAAGUCAUUCAGAAUGGAUCAUUUGUUCUAAUUUGCCAAGAAAUAAGAAUUGUCGUUGCAAUUUAUGAAAGGUUGAUGUGGAGUGUUUUUUUUUUGAACUAACAACAUAAUAUCCAGUUCAUGUUGUGCCCUGUGUUUUUAAAUUGAGAGAUCAGGGAACUUGCAGUGCAAAGAUGGUACUGCAAUGGCAAAUUGUAUAUUGCGUGCAGUUGCCACAGCAACAGUGCUGUUUUAAGUGACUUUCAGGCUUCAUGUAUAUGUCCUUCAACCUAUGCUUGCUGCAACCUGCACAGCCAUCUGGAUGUUUGUGUGGUCCAUUUUGUGUGAUACGUAUUUUUAUUUUUGCUCUGUAGUUUGAAGCAAUAAAGUUUGAUAAUUCAUUACAAAACCA